UAACUUUGGGGGUCGGUGGCGGGGCACGCGCUGUUGUGCGGUGGACAGGUACUGUGUUACCUUCCCCCCACUUCCCCACCGCUGCUCCCCCCCAAUCCCAUGAUUCAUCUUGCGGAUGGCGGACAAGCUCUGGAGGUUGUCUAGUGGACUAGCGUUGCCUGGUAGAUGGCAUGUCAUCCAUACCCCAUCAGCAGUGGAGACGCGUUGUGCGCCGCACUAGAUACAACAUAAUAAAAUGCGGUACUUACUACCAGGUGUGGGAAGCAAAGGGGACUGUGUCCAUAGUCCGUCACCGUUGCAAAGCUCUGUUGGUCGGUGUAUCUGGUGAUGGAGCAAUUAUAAACACGGCGAUGCACAUGACCAGACGCCAGUCAACCGUCUUUGUCAUUACGGUCAACCGAUCGCUGUGCGAUGCCUGCAACGUCCUUUACAGAGGACGAGCAAGACCUGUCCUUGAGAGUGCUACCGUGACACAUGUCAUGUUACUAUCGUCCAUUCGGAGCACCCAGUAUCAUCUAAUUAGCGGUCGGAGGUGUGCCUUGUUUCUCAAGCGCCAACACUCGACAAGUACAGAGUUCGCGGAGAUCAUAGUUAGCUUCGGUUGUUUUCGUGCUUUGUCUUUCGAACUGGUGCGAAGUGUGACUCUAGAGUUGGUUGGAGGGUGGUGGGUCAACUGCCUAUAUAUCUAAAAUCGACUAGUACGACUUGCCGGCACUCGCUUGAAUGGAAAGCUUGGCCGGCACCGAUACCAGUACGUGCGGAUAUAUUUUGAGCGUAUCGUAAUGAUUUUGAGCUACAAGGAAUCAGCAGCACCACAUUUAAGAAUGGGUGAGAAUCUAUCUGGGGGCACGAGAUAGAGUAAAGCAGCGAAUUGGAGGACGAUUGCCUCUAAUUCCACGUAUUGGCGCGGUAGUUUUGUUCUUUCCAGGUUGUCGUGUGAACUAAACCUUGUCUCAUGGCUAGUGCAAAUCAACUGGGUUAUAAAAUGGCAGCAAUCCACCUAGAUCACAGUACCCAGUAACCAGUGAGCAAAGGAGGCAGAAGUGGAACUCGAACAGGCAUAAUUAUAUGCACAGAACAAGCUGAUAGAGAAGAAGGGUACGGCAAGCGAAUUAAUUACAUCACGAUAGACAACGGCAGCUAGGAUGGUGGACUCGCAGGGAGAGGAGCAGCGAAUGGCGCGGGCAAUGCAGGAGAUAGAGAAGCUGGUGCAGGAAAAUGCUGUGGUUGUGUUCAGCCAGAGCGGGUGCUGCAUGUGUCAUGUGGUAAAGCGUCUCUUCUGCAGUCUGGGAGUGGGGCCAACUGUGCACGAACUCGAUGAACGGAAGGAAGGUGGCGACAUGGAGAAGGCAUUGCUGCGCCUCAACAACAAAGUUGCGCUUCCUACCGUGUUUGUGGGCGGCAAACUGGUGGGGGGCGUCGAUGCUGUCAUGGCUGCCCACGUGAGUGGGAACCUUGUCCCCCGCUUGAAGGAAGCCGGAGCUCUUUGGCUGUAGUCUCUCCCAUUUUUUCGCUCUUUUGAACUGCUGGCAUAGUGUGGACUUGAGGUAACCGUCCCUGUUGAGCUCUGGCUUCCUUGUAGUGAACUCCGACACAUAGUCGACGGUGGGUAGUUGCGUCUGAAUACCAUGAAGAUUUCUCAAGUCGAAUUGCACGCAUGGCAUGCGGUACUGUCGACGAACUCUGGAACAUCUGCUCACAACUUUUUAGACGAUUAUUGGAAAGGAAAGUCCCUUCCAGUCUUCAGUGAUUGUCGGCUACUUAUUUAUAACUUGUACUACGUAUGCUCAUCGGUAGUUGGCUAUGUUCGAAACGUUUUCCUCGUCCUCCACUGCAGGUACGGACCUCCAGAAAGACAGAGAUAUAUAGAUAGAUAGAAUAGCCUGUAUACUCGUGUGCCGUAUAUUAAUGUAUACGCUGCAGUUUGUAGUACGGUCAUCGUCCGUGAUCGAUUGAGCGAGGAGAUCAUGUGCGAAAAUAUAGAUGAGACGUGUUGGGAGUAAAAUUUGUUACGCGUGACUUCUCUAGAUUUCGUUCUCAACAUGCCCUUCUCAUGUUUUGUAAAGAGAUUGAAUAGAUAUUUGGAUCAGUAAGCACUGUAACUAAUUUUAAGUAUAAGAUCAUGAUCAAGAAUGAGAAUAA